CCGUAAGCUACAGUGUGGUAGUAGAUAUUUUAUGUAUUCCACUUCUCCGUUCGAAUUUAAGUUCAAAUAAUCCUAGGAAAUCGUGUACAUCAUGAGGCUCCUAAUUGUUCACUGCAUUCUCCUUGCACUUGUCAACCAGUUUGCCGCCCAGCCUGCAGCAGGGAACGGCGCAAACUUACGUGGCAAAAUGCCUUCCGCAGUAGCUGCCCCGAACGGCGCAAACUUACGUGGCAAAAUGCCUUCCGCAGUAGCUGCCCCGAACGUCGCAGAACAAAGUUUAAGUAACAACGGUGUCGCCGGUAUUAUUACGGCGGAAAAUAAUGGCACGCCCAAACCAAGUAGUAUCAAGGAGAAUGACAUCAUUAGUACGGCGGAAAAUAAAAGCACGCCCAAACCAAGUAGUACCAAUGAGAACGACAUCAUUAGUACGGCGGCAAAAAAAAUCACGCCCAAACCAAGUAGUUCCAUGAAGAACGACAUCAUUAGUACGGCGGAAAAAAAUAACACGCCCAAACCAAGUAGUAACAAAAAGGUCGACAAUAUUAUUACCGAAACAAAUAAUAGAUGGCCUAAACCAAGUAGUAACAAAGAUGACGACAAUAUUAAAACAGGGAAAAAUAGAAGCAGGCCUAAGCCAAAUUCCAAAGAGACCGAUUCCGAAACCAAAUCCAAGGAAAACAGAUGCAGGUCCAAACAAUGUUCACAGCAGACCGAUUCCGAUACUAAAUCUGAUGAAUACAAUAGCAGGUCCAAAUCAAGUUCCCUUGGUACUGAUUCCGAUGACCCGAAGUAUAAAAUCGUCAUAAACAUUCAGGAUAUUGCGGAGAAAGGCGGUAGUAGUUCUAAAUCAAGCUCUCAGGACACCGAAUCCGACAAGGAAACGCUAAAGUCAUCACCAAGUAGAGAUGGAUGUCCUAGAAACUGUGCGGAUGGAGAGUCGUGA